AUGGAUCACUUUCUUCCACAUGUGGGAGGGUUACCUGUACUUAAUCAGUUGCAGAAAAUUUUGGGAUUUAGUGAUUUGGCUAUGGAAGCUUCGAAAAUUUCAUUGAAAAGAUUUGGGAAUACUUCGAGUAGCUCGAUUUGGUACCUAUUGGCUUAUGCAGAGGCUAAGGGAAGAAUCAAGAAAGGUGAUAAAAUUUGGCAAAUGGCUUUCGGGUCGGGUUUUAAAUGUAGCAGUGUGAUUUGGCGUGCCAUAAAAAUUGUUGAUAGCAAUGACAUGAAAAAUCCAUGGAAUGAAGAGAGUGAGGCUCUAAUUGAUCUCAAUUUGGACAAAAAUGCACCAUCCCAUGGCUAUUUUGAAAUUUGA